CUCUCCAACACCUUCCUCCCUUCAGCAUCUUUCUCCAUGCCGCCUUUUCACGUGGAGCGUCACAGCUGAGCCUGAAAGAGCGUGCACCAGGGGGACAUGAAGUGAGGUUUCUCUCAUGUGGGAUAUGGCAGCGCGGAUGCUGGGGUCUCGCUGAUGGAGCUCGUCUGGUCAGGGUAUCAGCCGAGCAUUUGCCCUGAUUGCGUCCGACAGUGACGGUGGUGAUGCCCCUUCUGAAAAGGGACAUGGCCAGCAGCCCAGAAGGGUUGCCAAAGGUCCCUGUGCCCCCUCUCAAGCAAACCCUCGAUACCUACCUGAAGUGUGUGCAGCACCUGGUGAAGGCUGAGCAGUUUGACAAAACCAAGGCCCUCGUGGAAAAGUUCGGCGCCCCCGGCGGCCCUGGAGAGGUCUUGCAGAAGAAGCUCCUGGAGAGGAGGGACAAGAUGGAGAACUGGGUGUACGACUACUGGCUGGAAGAUAUGUACUUAAGCAACAGGUUGGCCCUCCCAGUCAAUUCCAGUCCGGUCAUGGUGUUUCCCACGCAGACCUUUAAGGAUCAUAAGGACGCUCUUAGAUAUGCUGCUCGUCUCAUUAAAGGUGUGUUGGAGUACAAGGCCCUCAUUGACGCGCGAGCGCUCCCAGUGGAGUUUGCCCGAGGCCAGCUGGCUGGGACUCCUCUGUGCAUGGAGCAGUACUCUCGUCUGUUCACCUCUUACCGCUACCCUGGCCUGAAAACAGACACGUUAAAGGUCCAGAUGAACGCAGCCUCUUCGACAUCGGAGCACGUUAUUGUAGCGUGCAAGAACCAGUUUUUCGUGUUGGAUGUAGUCACCAACAGCAAGCCACUCAGUGAGACAGAGGUCUUAUCCCAACUGGAGAAAAUCAUGUCAAUGGCAGGAAACGAGGAAGAAAGAUCGCCUCCUUUUGGUAUCCUGACAUCCGAUGGGAGAACAGAGUGGGCACAAGCCAGAGACACCCUAACAAAAGAACAAACCAACAGAGACUCUUUGGGACUGAUAGAGAGCUGCCUAUGUGUGCUAUGCCUGGAUGAACCCAGUGGGAUGAAGCCCAGUGACACCAACCGGGCCUUGCUGAUGCUUCAUGGUGGCGGUCAGGAGAAAAAUGGUGCAAAUCGCUGGUAUGACAAGUCCAUGCAGUUUGUUGUAGGCAUGGAUGGAAUAUGCGGAGUGGUGUGUGACCAUUCCCCGUUUGAGGGUGUUGUGCUGGGGCAAUGCUCGGAAUAUCUGACUAAAUACAUAGCUAGGCCUCCAUCAGAGCCUGUGAAGCAGGCCAGUGCAAGGAAGUUUGCUGCUCCAAGAAGACUUCUCUGGAAAUGCAACCCCCAAAUACAGGGACUCUUUGCGACAUCAGGAGAGCGACUCCAGAGGCUGGUGAAUAAUUUGGACAUGGACGUUUUCAAAUUCAAAGAUUAUGGAAAAGAAUUCAUCAAGAAGCAGAAAAUGAGUCCGGACGCUUUUGUACAAGUUGCCCUGCAGCUUGCAUUUUUCAAGUGCAACGGAAGGCUGGUCUCCACGUAUGAGAGCGCGUCCAUCAGGCGCUUCCGAAAUGGCCGGGUAGAUAACAUUCGCUCGGCCACUGCUGAAGCAUUGGCCUUUGUCAAAUCCAUGACGGAUGACAGGACCGCUUACACCGAUAUAGAAAAAAUGAAAAGCCUGAGAGAUGCUGUUAAUGCCCAGACAAACUAUACCAUUGCAGCUAUUACAGGACUGGCAAUAGACAAUCAUCUCCUUGGACUACUGAAGAUCUCAAAGGAGCUCAACAUGGAGCGGCCGGAUAUCUUCUGCGAUGAGACCUAUCUGGCUAGUAACCAGUUCAUCCUUUCUACUAGCCAGGUGCCAACCACAGUGGAAAUGUUCUGCUGCUAUGGCCCGGUGGUGCCCAAUGGCUAUGGCGCCUGUUACAACCCGCAGCCGGAUCACAUUGUCUUCUGCGUGUCCAGUUUCUGGGAGAGCACGCAGACGAGUUCGGCCGUUUUCGUCAAAGCUCUGAAUGAGGGCCUGCUGGAAAUCAGGGACCUGUGCAACGCUGUGACCAAGGUGGCGCAAGACGGCUGUGGCCAGGGAGGUAGCCAGCCUCACAGAUCGGUGACAUAACUGAUGCUUUACUAACUUAAGCGCCGUCGACACUUGCACAUAUAUUGCCUCCGCAGUGUCUCACAAUUUGCUGUGGCUAUACGUGUCAUUUAUUUAUUUAUAUGUGGCACGCCUAAAAAGCGCACUGUUUACGUUCUGUUUAUGCAUUAAUUACACACCUGGCAUGCAAUUUGUGGCUGAAAAUGGUGCGCAUUGGCACGAAAUGACCACGCUCCCACACGACUUAUUAACACCUUGUCAAGUACUGUUUACGUUUAAUGGAUGACAAUAGUACACGCGACAAGCAUUGUUCCAUGCAUUAUGCAUUAUCAUCAUUAUUUGGUCCCACUGUGUCCCGUGUGACGGCACGCAACAGCAGGUUUCACCCCUAGCUUCAUUCAUUGCUGUAUUUGCAAGGCACCUACAAGAUGUUGAACUCCCAAGAAGAAAGAAGAAAGGUAAGUCUAUAUUUUAUCACAGCUGCAGAUAAAGAAUGUGCAAAGAGCAGGAAGGAGGCAAUAAACUUGAAACAAAAAGAUGCACAGAGAGGGUGGGACCGCGAAUUGCUGACUAGAACACAUCACUUUGGGCAUUAUGAUCAUUUAUUAACAGAAAAUCACAAGGAAGAUUCAAGAGGGUACAGAAACUACUUGUGAAAGAGGAGGUGGAAAAGUUAAUGCUUUCAUGUGAAUGAGGCACACUUUGAUACUCCCCACCCACAUUGUUUGCACACUGGUUGCAGUGCGUUCACACUGAAUUCAUGACUAGUUCGCAGAAAUUAUGUGUGCCACAAAUUUUGAACAUUCCAAAAUUUUCUUUGCACACUGGCACGCAGCCCCGUGAAGUUUACCACCAGUUUACUCACUGGCACGCCCUUGCCAAGCAAAAUUGCAUACCAUUGCACAGACAUGUGCGUGCAAGUGUAAACGAGGCUUUAAGAUUUUAGCUUUGUCGAGAUGGAUCAUUGUUGCAUGUGCAAUAGAUUCAUGUCACAUCAAGAUUCAAGGCCUUAACGUGACUCAUCACGUGACUUCUGUAUGUACAGUAAAUAUGAAUAUAUUUUACUGUGUAUUGUGUGUUUUGUGACCAGGCAGACCAACCAGUUUGCCAUUUUUAGGAAACUGAAGCCAUGUUCUCUUUACGGCAUCUCCUCUAUCAGACUGUGACUGACACGAGUGAUCCCGGUGUUCUCCGAUAUAUACAUUAUAGCGUAGUUCAUAUAAAGAGUAGUGUAGCAGGUAAACUAUUUCGCUGAGUGUUUGUUGACUAUUUGAACAUGACAAGAUCACAAAGGAAAGUUCCCAAAGAGGUUGUGUGCAGGUGAAGAUGCAAAUGCUAGCAUAUAAAAGCGUGGAUAAAUGUGUGGGAUAAUGUCAAGUCUUGAAUUGUGUAUGUCUGUUCUCCAUUAUAGCAAUAGACCUUUCAAGGAAAACUGCACUUUUUCUGGAAUUUUGCUCAUCAUCCACAAUCCUUAUGUGAGGCAUGGGCACACAUCUUUCUCUUUUCUGUGUUCCAAUUAUAUAAAGGCAGCUAAAAAUGCACGUAAUGGGACACACCCAUUCCGCCUAUGAAACCUUCUGAAAAAACCUGCAAAAACCUACAACAAUGCUCCAUUUACAUAAUGUGACCUGAAUAUUAACCAAGCUACAGCAACAUUGUUAUUAUUAUUGUUAUUAACGUUGUUAUGCUGAAGAACUACAUUACUGCCGUAGUGACACCUCGCAACACCACACCGGCUUAGCUACUAGCUUCACCACACAAUAGGAGUGUCCCAUUCCAUGCGUUAAUGAGAUGCACCUUUUUAGCUAUUUUUCUAUCCUUAGAACACAGAAAAGAGAAAGACGUGUGUUUAUGUCUCACAUAAGGAUUGUAGAUGAUGGACAAAAUUAAAAAAAAAGUGUAGCUUUCCUUUAAGCAGGGUAGAGUGUAAAAGUGGUAUAUGAGGCAAACCACUGUGUUUGUGUACAGGAUUUAGUUAUUUAUUUUUAAAUCUAGAGUCGUAAAGUUGGGUCAAUGUGCAAUAACAUACUGUAGAGAAGUGUAGUGAGGGUGUAUGUGCAAUUUGAUAUUUAUCUAGCUAUAUCAUAAUAAGGGAGCCCAUGUGCAAUAUUUAAUAGUCAUUUGUUGCAGGUAGUUUAAUGUUUGCUGUGCAGUGUGGUUGUUUUAAAUUAAUGUGGUUCAUGUUGUAGCAAAAGAAAGCUAUAACAGCACAGUGCAAUUGUCAUCAUGUCUACAUAUGAUGUUGCAAAGUGUCUGUGUAACUUGCUAUUUUAAUAUUUAUUGUUCAUCCAAUCAACAACAAAUGCAUGUUCAUUACAACUGUUCAAAUACUAUAUUGUGACAUAAAAUAUAUAUAUUAUUGAAUAUGCAGAAAAAGAACAAAAUGCUGCCUUAAUGUAAAGACAAAAGUAUUUUUAUCAUAUAGCCAAACAAAAAUAUAAUAAUAUAUAGUAUAUAGAACUGCUUAUUGGUAUUUUACAUGUGUUGUUGUAUUCAUAGUGAUGAGAACUAAAGAAUGUACUGUUUGUUGCAUAAAGGGAAUAAUAAUAUUCUGUAUCUGUAUUUUUAUUGCAAGGUGUAAGAAAAGAACAUUAACACAAACGUCUGUGAUGGCUGUGCAAUAGUAUUUUUUUUUAAUUAGUGUAUUAGGUGAUUAAGAUGUACUAUAAUACACAUCAACAACAAAAAUAAAAUU